GUAUAUGUAAAACCCUACUCUUCGCAAGUUUGAAUUUAACACUGCACCAACCUUCUUUCUUCUUUCUCUCGGAUCUCUAUCCAUUAGUCGUCCCAGCAGCAAUGGAAGCUACAGCGAUGGCCUCGUCGCCACACUCCCUCUUCCUUCAGAAUCCAGUUCGCCACAGCCUCCUCAAGCCCAAUCCGACCACUAUGACCAUCUUCAAUGUCAACCAAUUGCGACCCAGAAAGCCCCUCUCGAUUUCUUGUGUAACCCAAACUCAAGAUCGGGAGUUGAUCCAUACCCAGAAUCAGGAGGAGGCAGAUCGCGUCUUCAACUUCGCUGCCGGUCCGGCUAAUUUGCCCCUAAACGUCCUUAAGAAGUCCCAAUCGGAGCUCGUGAACUGGAGGGGAUCUGGUAUGAGCGUGAUGGAGAUGAGCCACAGAGGGAAGGAAUUCAAGUCAAUAAUUGAAAAGGCCGAAGCUGAUCUCCGUACCCUUCUGGGCAUACCUGAGAACUACGCCGUUUUGUUCUUGCAGGGCGGUGCCACCACCCAGUUCGCCGCGAUCCCUCUGAAUCUUUGCAAACCCGAUGACCCGGUUGAUUAUCUGGUUACCGGGUCGUGGGGGGACAAGGCAUUCAAGGAGGCUCCAAAGUACUGUAAGCCAAAGGUGAUUUGGUCCGGAAAAUCAGAGAAGUAUACAAAUAUACCAGCUUUUGAUACUCUGAAUCAGAACCCAGAUGCCAAAUAUUUGCAUAUAUGCGCCAAUGAGACUAUUCAUGGAGUUGAGUUCAAGGACUACCCAACUCCCAGAAAUGCAACAGGGAUCUUGAUUGCUGAUAUGUCAUCGAAUUUCUGUUCAAAGCCUGUUGAUGUCUCCAAAUUUGGGAUUAUCUAUGCAGGGGCUCAGAAGAACAUAGCUCCAUCUGGGGUCACGGUUGUGAUAAUCAGGAAGGAUUUGAUUGGAAAUGCUCAAGAGAUAACUCCGGUGAUGUUGGAAUACAAGAUCCACGCUGAUAACAACUCAUUAUACAAUACUCCUCCUUGUUGGCCAAUCUACAUUAGUGGGUUGGUGUUUGAGGAUCUAUUGGAGCAAGGAGGUUUGGCGGAGGUUGAGAAGAAGAACAAGAGGAAAGGUGAGUUGCUAUACAAUGCCAUUGAUGAGAGUAAAGGGUUUUACAGGUGCCCUGUGGAGAAGUCUGUUAGGUCACUGAUGAAUGUGCCAUUUACACUGGAGAAGUCUGAUUUGGAGGCUGAAUUUAUCAAGGAAGCUGCUAAGGAGAAGAUGGUGCAGCUCAAGGGGCAUAGGUCAGUUGGAGGGAUGAGAGCCUCCAUAUACAAUGCUAUGCCUUUGGCUGGUGUUGAGAAGUUGGUUGCUUUCAUGAAGGAUUUCCAAGCAAGGCAUGCUUGAUUCGUUCAGAAAUCUUUCAUCUUUGUGCCAUCCUGUUCUUUUUCCUUGUGUUUUUCAGCUUUUCGCAACUGAUGCAAAUGAUUUUGGGUAUUGUGUUAUUGUGUUUUCAGCUAGAGUAGAAGUCAAGUAAGAUCUUUAGAAUGGUUAAUCAUCAUCCUGCUCUUUCCUUUGUUGAAUUCCUUGUUUGUCUAAGAUAAUGAAUUUUGCUUGAUUCAUAGUGAAAUGAAUAAUAUGGAUUGGAACUCAUUUUCUAGGAA